AUGCUUCCCGAUACAACAGUUCUGAAUACAAAAACUGUUGCUGAAAUAUUGCGCAUGGGUUACACUCGAAUACCUGUCUUCUCGGGCAACCGGAAUACGGUAGUGGCUCUGUUGUUCGUCAAAGAUUUGGCGCUUCUGGAUCCGGAUGAUAAUUUCACCAUUCAAACGGUUUGCGGAUUUCACGAGCAUCCGUUACGUUUUGUGAUGGAAGACACACCGCUACGUGUUAUGCUUGAGGAAUUCAAGAAAGUUAGCUUAUUUGCAUUACUCCUUAACGUACAGUUUCAGAGAUGUAUUACUUGGACGGGGAACGUUCCCCUAUGA